AUUAAUCAACACCAAGGUAUCCAAGACUUCGGUAUCUCCACUACCGCAACUUCAGCUCUAGGCUCCUGAAGAACUUGUUCCAUCGUGUUCCACUCCUUGUUGGGCGGUGACCAAGUCCGGAUUUUGUUACUGAAACGAUUCUGCUCAAACCAUUUAAAUCAAAAUGUCUGGAGCGAGAACGGAGCGACCCAUCAACCGAUACCAACCUCCGGAUUGGCAUUCGCGUAAUGAGAAACUGGCUUAUAAUGCCCGGGAGACCCGCGAGCAAUCGCUCAAUCUCCGGAAAGAGGCCCAACUGCUCAAAAACGAGACCGAGAACCGAACCAAGUGGUACAACUUUGAAAAUAACAUGAAGUUGUCCCAAAGAGCCAUGGAGAUCGAGCGAUGGCAACGGGAAUUGGAGAAACUUCUCCAUGAGGUCGAAGGCGAGGCUGUGGUUUUGGACGAGGCCAAGGAAGCCUGUGAAAGAUCCAUCGAGGCUCUGACCAUUCCUUUGGAUGUGGCGACGGAGUGCAUUUCUCUACGAGAGGGUCGGCGUGAGUAUGAAGUGGUUCGGGAUCCCGUGGAGCAUGAUUUGCAAAAGGAGAACCAAUUGAUCGAGCGGAUCCGAAUCAAGUUGAAGGAUGUCUGCGAAGAAGCCUGGGAUCAAUUGGCAGGUUUGGAGGACGUUCGACAACGCCUGGAAACCGACCUCGAGGACAAAACCGAGGCGCUCAAGAUCGAUUUGGACCAACUUCGUCUCACGGAGGGAUCUGCUGGAUUGAGCCACAAGCCCAACCCUACUCGGAUUCCAGCCAAGAGUGUCCGUCCGGAGGCUUGGAACGACUUCUCCAUGACCAAUAAGUCUUUGGCCGAGCGAAUGAUGAUCAAAUCUCAAAAGCUCAGGGAGUACAUCUUCCGCCAGAUUGAGCAGACCACCAAUGAUCUCAAGGUCCAGACGGACAGUACCAAUUUCGAUUUCCGCAAACGCAUGUACGAGAUGAGACGAGCUAAAGAUGAGAUCGAAUACCAAAUGAGGACAACCCGCGAUGAGAUCCAAGAGCAAGAGAACAACAAUCGAGAUCUGGAGUUAGCCAUUCAGGCCAAAGAAGGCCCAUUGAAGUUAGCGGAAACGCGCCUAGAGAACAGAACUACACGCCCUCACGUGGAGCUGUGCACGGAUCUUCCUUUGGAAGGCCUAAUUGAUGAAGUCGAAGCUCUGAAGAAGUCGAUCCAUAUGCUGGAGGACAAACUGGACCAUUCCAGAGAAACGUUGUCGUCCUUGCAAGCUCAUCUUCGGGAUUUGAACGAGGAUUUCAAUCGGAAGUCCCAGGCCUUGAGCAUUGAUCAAAGAUGCGUGGACAUUCGUGAUCGUUUGAAAACCCACGACCAAACCAUCAAGAACCAAACCGAGAGAAACAUGAAGUUGGCGGGGACCUUGCGCAAAACCCAACGCUAUCUCGAGAACUCCACUGUGGCGAAAUGAAUCACGUGCCCAAAAAUGGACCCAUCUGGGACGAGAGCUCUUGGCACAUUUGUCCAUUUUGGUCAUUCAUCUCAUGAAUCAUGGCCUUUUUCUGAUUUCGGAAUGCAAAUAGAACACUUUGCCUUUUUGUCUCCUCACCACCAAU